AUGGAUGCAGAACCUUAUGCGAGGUGCAUGUAUAUGUUUGAGACGAUCAUGUUCGUUCUUGAUAUGAAGCAUACGUUUAAUGAUAUUGUGAGGGAGCCUGAGGCUCCAAAGAGUUAUCUCACUCAUGAGUGGCAGGGCUUUAUAAGGCAUGAGGAUCAAAAGUUUGAAGGGGGCGUGUUAGAAUUUAGGGAAAAGUUGACCAAGUUUGCUAUUGAAACUGGUUUUCUUUUCAAGUACACACGGAAUACCUCAAGUCGUGUUAUUGCAGAGUGUGCUAAGAGAUAUUCUGAUGGUUGUCAAUGGUCUAUUCGCGCUUUGAAGAACAAGGUGAAUGGCUUUUUCUACAUAAAGAAGUUGAAUAAUGUUCACACCUACAAAGGAGUUCUUAGGCAGCAAAAGAGUAAGCUUUUGGGGUCUCAUGUUGUGAAAUCGGAGAUUGCUAAUGAGUUGAAGUCCAAUCCUCAACUCAAGCCUAAAGAGAUUGUGUCUCGUUUCAAGCAUUCUUUUGGUUUAGAUGUGUCUUAUAGGAUUGCUUGGUAUGGGAAGGAGUUGGCUAGAAAAGCUGUCCAUGGUCAUGAUGGCUUUAAGUCAUGCAUUCCGCUUCUGUUCGUGGAUGCGACUCAUUUGAAGAGUAAGUAUAAGGGAUACAUGCUCUGUGCUACUGGAAAAAAUGGAAACCAAGAAUUCUUCCCCUUUGCCUUUGCAGUUGUAGAUUUUGAAAAUCAUGCGAAUUGGGAUUGGUUUUUUGAUCAUCUAUAUAACAUCUUGUCUCCGCAACGUAGAAAUGUGACUUUUGUUACUGAUCGACACAGCGGACUGUUGAAUGCUGUUUCCAGCGUAUUUCCAGAUUCUCCUCAUUCAUAUUGCUACUACCACCUUAAGGAGAAUGUUAGAGGUGUGUACCGAAAGCAAUCUGGAAAUUAUUUUAUUGACAAGAUUGUGGAGGAAUUUAUGAAAGUUGCUUAUUCACCUACAUUAGCAAGCUAUAACUUCAACUUGCACGACUUGAAGAAAGAAGGUGGUCUGCCUAUUGAAGAGUUUCUGCUAUCUUUGCCGUUGGAAAAGUGGUGCAAUGCAUUUUUCAAAGGAAACAGGUAUGGUGAAAUGGCAAAUAGUGUUGCCGAGUCACUUAACAAUUGGACUAGAGAUUUGCGUGAGCUUCCUAUAUUUGAGAAGUUUGAAGGCUUAAGGGUUAAGUUUAUGGAGAAUAUGUUUGAGAGGAAGGUUGCAUGCAAGAGGUGGACCACUAUUUUGUGUCCUCCAAUGGAGGCUUUGUUGAAGAAAUCAAUGGAUAUUGGGCUGCAUUGGGCUGUUAGUAUGUCUAGUGAGACUGUUUUUGAAGUUCAUUCUGAUAAAUCAGUGGCGGUUGAUCUUGGGAACAACACUUGCUCUUUCCGUCAAUGGCAAAUUAAUUCAUUCCCAUGUUCACAUGCUCGUACUACAAUCCAAAAGGUUGGAGUGGAACCUGUGUAUAGUUACAUUGAGCCGUUUUACACCUGUCAAAGCUACAUGGAUUCCUACGCGCAUGGUAUUCAUCCUUUACCAAAUAUGGAGAAGUUUUAUGAAGAUGCAGCUAGUUCAACUUCUGUUGUUAAGCCUCCAUUGGUUAGGAGGCCAUCCGGCCGGCCAAAAUCUGUUCGAAUGAAGUCUGCAGCAGAAGGAGGCAUGAGGAGGCGUAUCAAGUGUGGCCGAUGUGGUGAGUUAGGGCGCCACAACAAGAUAACGUGUAUUGCGCCAAUCUGA